UUUACCUCCCCGCCCAUUGACGCUUAUUUCCUGCAAGAAUUAAGGUGGACGUGUCGUAUUGUGAAAAAUGCAAGCAAUUAAAUGUGUUGUGGUAGGAGAUGGUGCGGUUGGUAAGACGUGUCUACUGAUCAGCUACACCACAAAUGCCUUCCCUGGGGAAUACAUCCCUACAGUAUUCGAUAAUUACUCAGCUAAUGUUAUGGUAGAUGGCAAACCAAUCAACUUAGGAUUGUGGGAUACAGCAGGACAGGAAGACUAUGACAGGUUGCGCCCACUAUCCUACCCACAGACUGAUGUUUUCCUCAUUUGCUUUUCACUAGUGAACCCAGCGUCAUUUGAGAAUGUAAGAGCAAAGUGGUACCCUGAGGUGCGACAUCACUGUCCAAGUACCCCCAUCAUCCUUGUUGGCACUAAGCUCGACUUGCGAGAAGACAAGGAAACGAUUGAGAAGCUAAAGGAUAAGAAGUUAGCCCCCAUCACAUAUCCUCAGGGUCUAGCCAUGGCGAAGGAGAUUGGUGCUGUAAAGUACCUGGAGUGCAGUGCAUUAACUCAGAAGGGUCUGAAGACGGUAUUUGAUGAAGCGAUUCGGGCCGUCCUGUGCCCUGUUCUCCAAGUGAAACCAAAACGGAAAUGCAUCUUGCUGUAGACUGUAACAGAUAAUAAUGAACGAUUGUUUGAAUUCCAAGCUGUGGUGACAGUGGAAGCCAGCCUUAAUGCAGGCACAGUGCCAUUGAUGGGGCCAUGUCGUGCAGUUGCAGAACCAACUUAAUGUUUCCAUUGGAUUCUGUUCACCUCUUUCUUUAUGAAGGGGUCUGCUGAUCAACAGAUUUUUACCUUAAAUGUUCUUCCAGUGAAAUUUAUUUAAUGAUGUUCAUGGAGACGAAGUUGCACGUCUCUUCUAACAGAAAUAGAGCGUUGACUUUUAGAGUACUCCUUAACAGAUGUAAUGAUUUUUCUGGUGUACUGCAUUAAAGAGUGGCUUGUUUUUGUUAGGAGGUCUGUGCAAACAGCUGGAAAUGUCCUCUGUCUUUCACAGAUAUUUUUCCACGUAAUCUAUCAUUUUUGUAACUUUUUUUGUGAAGCCGUAAUAACUUUUCUGGAGAAACAGAUUCCCAUCACUGUUGUAGCUUAAUGGAGCUGUUUGUAUUGUCACAUGUGCAUCAUUAUGGGUAGCAACAAUUUAUAUAAAUGGAAAAUAAACCUUUGUUAUUCUUAUUCUCAUGAUUUUUAUUUGAAAUCUCUUGCUAUGGAGAUGACAUGUUAUGAUCCAAGUGCAGUGUCAUCUUCAGUUUAAUUUUGCAAGAGCUGAAAGUUUGCUACUCUUCCCUUCUGUCUUCAGGUAACUAAGCGUGCAACAUUCUGUAAUGAAAAUGUCAUGGAAUUUUAUUCCAUGCUUGUUCCUUGGUUUUACUCUAUUCUCAGAAUAGACAGUGGUUGUUUCCUUUGUAAUUGAAGUUGAAACUGAGUUUUAAAAUAUUCUAUUAUGUGUUUUUUCCCUGUAAACAACGUUUGAAGUCAAUAUUUGUUGCACAAAAUACAAAAGAUGUUUGUGGCCAGGAAGUAUGAAGAACAAUAUGAUUUUACAGCAGCAU